AUGCGAUGCGGAGCAUGGUGCACAGACCUUGAUACCCUCACGAAUAUCGAACCCACCUUGGCAGGCAUCAAACGGACGCGUAUAUUUCAAGUCCACCGAUGGACACAUCGGAAACUGGAGCUUCGAUCUUCGAAGGCCCAAUUCACAUUGGAUUUUACGAGAGCAGGCAAACGCAUGCCAGACGCGCUAUCUCAAACCGUUCCAAUCUGGUGUGCAGUCAUAAAUAGAGCCGUCCUCAAAACCGCUCCGAACAUAAACGUGGAUGCGGAUGCUUGGAACACGAAGGUGCACACUCCACCUGGGGUGGUCGGCGCACAAGAACAUGAUCAGGGAUCGGGGGAUGAUCACAAGCUGUGGAGUAUGGACCUCACCCCCGCUCAAUUCUGGAAACACAAACAGACCCUCCUCCGUGAAAACCUGAUCUAUCUAACCAGCGCAGAUCGCGCACCACCCACUCUCAAAGAUUACUCACGUGUUCGUGUUGACGUUUCCAUCCAUGUAUUUGAAUCGGAACAUCACUCGCAGCACUAUAUCUCGAGUGUUCACACUACUCCACCUCUGCAACACCCGCCAGUGACUUCACAGCCUGCCUCGCAGCACUAUACCCUAGAUGGUCACCCUACUCUGCCUUUGCAACACCCACCAGCACCUACACAGCCUGCGCGAGAUCAGCCUCGUAAAAAUUGGCCAAUCCCUGCAGUUCAACUACGCGCAUGA